CGCCACGCGAUCGCGAGCCUCGCAAGACUUUCGAAUAUAACCACCACUGAAUAUCCAAGUAUUGUUUAAUAAUUAUCUAACACUGCAGUCGAUUGAAAGGAUUCCAAAAAUUACGCGCCCUCAAAAGGAGUUGCCUCCGUGUACAUGAGCACGUGUGUCUACCCGAAGGCAGCCCAGCGGAAAUAACACCCGGCUUUUCCGAUGACCUCUCGUCUGGCCCGAGGCCAGUACAAGCAUCACGGGGAGCCCGCGCCUCCUAUGCGAAUGCCAAAGGGCAAGGCCACAAACAUGGGUCCCUCUAUAACAUCCGCCACGAAAGCUGCUCGACGCUGCUGCCAGGCAUAUUUCAGCCUGUAGUAACGCGUGCACGGCGCCUACCGCCUCUUGCAGAUCAGCCUCCCCAAAGGUCAACCUCUCAGAGCGCCGAGAGAUCACUUCCGAGGGUGAGCAGAAAGUGC